AUGGAGGGACAUCAGUAGCUUAACCAGCUUAGCAUCGAACAGGUCGUCGAAGUGAUCACGAGGCGGGAAAAAUGAAGGUUUUGGCUGUGUUGCUCGUUAUCUGUGCCGUGGCAUUUGCUGGCCCGGCCGUGCUAGACUCCGCAGCCGCUACCCAGCAGCCCAUCAUCCCGUACAACUUCGGCUACGAGAUCGCGGACGCCGCCACCAACAACUUCCAGAACCGCGCCGAGAUCAAGACGCCCAACGGAGACGUCUUCGGCUCGUGGUCGUGGCUGAUGCCCACCAACGAGAUCUUCACCCUCUCCUACAACGUCACCGGAAACCUGGGCUUCCGCUACUCCAUCAACGUCACGCCCGUCGGAGGCGCGGCGGCGUAGGCGAAGGACGCAGAAAGAACGCCCAUUCUCUCUGGUCCGUUUAGUUCGUAAGGAGGAAGCUCACUCAGCAGGCAGAGUCAGUGAGAGUAAAUGUCUGUUAAAGUCAAAUCAAGUUUGUGUUGGAGCUAAAAGGUGAUCAUCAUGAGUGCGUUCGUGUUAAGUGCGUGCAUGCGAGCGCCGGUGCGUGUCCGUGUCACGAACGGUCCAGGCUGAUCGUUCUGUUCUGUCUCCUCUUUAACCUCAUCGUUCUCUUGUUAUUCUUUUUCGUGUCAACAGGCCUGUUAUGUUAUGUUUGAAUCAAAUAUAUAUAUGUUAAAUGAG